AUCAUCAUUCCAGUUCAUUUCUCACUCAUCUAAAUAGUUUUCUAUCUUCCCACAGUCAUAUCCUUAAUCAAGUGCAUGCAAACAGAUACUGAUGAACAAAAAACAUAGCUUUUUCUGUGUGAAUGUAUAAAGAACAUUUGUUUCUCUCUUUUUUUCUGCAGGUUGAUUGCUGCUUUAUCGGGAUAUCUCAUGGACAGCUUUAUUCCAGUUCAUGGUCCCUGAGCUAAAUGGUAAACAAGGAAAGAAGGCUUUUUAUUAUAUGGACAGAGAUCGAUAUAAUGUCUCAGUUCAGACACAUGCAUCUGGUUCCUUUAAUUGGGUACUGCAAAGAGAACAUCAAGUUGAUCAUGGUGUACGAAAAUAAGGAAAAUGGAACGCUUAAGAACCAUAUUUAUGACUUGGAUAACCCAAGGUGAGCUGCAGACACAAGCUGGAGAUAUGCGUUGUUGCAGCUAGAGGGACUUUAUCCAUACAGGUUUUGCAAGAGCGUGCUGCAAUGUGAUGUCUGCAAACGUUCUCUUGGAUGAGAAUUUCAUGGCCGAAGUUGCAGAAAUUGGAUUUUCAAAGACUGGUCCGUAUCUUGACCAGACACAUGUGACUACAACGGUGAAAGGAAGUUUUGGUUAUCUUGAUCCAGAGUACUUGACAAGACAACAACUGACUGAGAAAUCUGUUGUUUACUCUCUUUGUUUGUGCAACAAAGUUGGGGAAGAAAGCAAAGAUGGAAGAGAUCAGUGACAAUUUUCUUGAUGGGAAAGUAAAGCUUGAAGAGAUUAGGUUGUACUGUUAGGUAACAGAGGAGUUUUUAGUCCAAAACAGGAUUUGAGAGGCCAGCAAAUAAAAGAUAAAAAAAAGGAGUAUCUAUAUUACUAUGGUGUUGUCUGCACGAGAGGGAGGAGAGACCAUUUUGACUUUUUUUAUAUUCGUUGCUACAUAUUUUUAUUUUUUAUUUUUUAAAAUGCUACACAUUAUUGUUAUACUUUCCAAAUAUUUAUUUGCAUAUAAUCUCUUUAGUGUUAAAAAGCUCUAAACUUCACUAUAUUGAAGUAACCUAAGUGUUCCAGAUGAUCAAAAUUUAUAGUUAAACACUAUAUUCUUUAUCGUCUUAUUCUAUUAACUAAAAUUAUUAAUAAAAUGUUUAAUAACCCA